UUACAAUUGGCAUCGAUAGUAAGAACGAUCAGUCAUCUUGCAUACUUUCUGUGCGAGGACAAGAACCGAAACAAAUGAGAUUUGAAAGUGAGACAAGUAUCAUGGAACAGAGCUUCAUGAUUCCCGAUGCUGAAAAUUCUGUGAUGGCUUUCUUGCAACGUUUUCGGGACAACGGCGCUCGUUUCGUUAGUUCUGCAUAUUUGUGAGUGCAUGAGGCUAUGAUUCUAUUCCUUUCCUUCAUUUUUUCCAGGCAUUUCCUAAUCGGAUCUCUUUUUCAAAAAUCAAACGGAAUUCUGUCCUAAAAGAAUGUCAUCCCACGAUAGCUUCAACACGUCAAUCAUUGAUGGAUCCAUCUUCACUUCCCUCUCUGAAGAUGUUUUCACUUUGGUCAAUGCACAACUUACAUUACUCGAUGACUUUCUUGAAAGUUCAAAAGUUUCAACGACAGAGACUGGCGAUGGUGUAGUCGCCGAUGCUUUGCUAUCCAUAUUCAGAAUUAUACGUUGUAAACAAAUACAUUAUGGUCGCACUUCUCUAUUUCUCCACGACUUGAAAAGUUGCAUUGCAAGAGCGAAUGACUAUACAAAAAUGACGAGGAAAACCAACAAUACUAUGCAGUACAUUUCUAAAAGACACUACAAUCACUUGACUUGGAACGCUGAAAGAUCGGAAACGAACUUGUUUGAGUGGGAUUCUGCUGCAAGCCUCGUGGAACACGAGGCAGCACGUUUGGUGGACCGACUCAGUUUGGACGCCGUAGAAGCAUCACAAAAAGCGGCAAUUCAAAUUAUACAGAUAGUCGAAUACCUCGAUAUUCCCCGCGAAUUAUUUGGCAGACAUUGGGAAGAAGAUCUCACGAACAACGAAGUGGCCAAAUACAUAGUAACAGUAUUUGGCAACUACCUCUCGGAUGUUAAGGAUUCUUUAGUUUCGCAAUACCUUUAUCACAAAGUCGUUGUGGCACUUGUCCGAUGCACAGUUUGUUUCUAUAUAAAACGAUUCAUUCUCAAAGCCGAUAGAGUGAGAUACUCUAUUCGACAGCGAAGAAAUCGCAUGAAGAGUCAGGAAUUCUUCAGUAAUCCAAGGAGAGCACAGAUGCGGAUGACGCAUGACAUCGAAGUAUUUCAAAAAUUUUUCCUCGAUGUUUCAGAUGGAAGUAAGAUACUUCAGAAAAUUGUUGCCGAUGAAUUCUCGGUUUUGGAUCAGUUGCUUUUAGAGUGCUCCAUCUAUGCAUUAAGUCGAUGCGGUUUUGAGAACCUCGAGGAAUUUAUCAUUGUGGUAUACAAACGAAGUGGAGCACAUGCAGAUGUUACAAGACAUCUAUUGUCAGACAUUUUUUUGUUGAUGAAUGGAGAAGACAAAGAUCGAUGCGUAAGAAAGACAAUCCAAAAUCUGAAUGAAGACCUCGAUAAGAUAAAAGAAAGAAUCGUAGAGAGAAGAAAUGAGCAUCCGUCAGUUCAGACAGCAAAGGCUAAUGCUGCCUAUUUUUGUCUGGAAGAAAUGUUGGAGGCAUCAUACAACGAAAGAAUCAUUCAGGAAAAUAUGGCUCUCUGCGCAGGAGUUGGAAAAGAUAUCAUUGAGCUACGAAAACAAAUCACCGGGAGCAAAAAAAUACAUUGAUUAGGACUAAUAUUUUCCAACUUUUUUUGGCACGUUAGAAACGAUCAGAAUUUAAUGUAGGCCUAAUACGAUUUUUGAU